AUGUGGUCGCGCAAUACGGUGAAGGCUGAAUGUAUGGCUACUGCUGGUUUUGGGUGGACUCAGUUCUCCGCUAAGCUGAAGGAGAGGUUCUACCCUGACGAGUUGCAUUGGCAGAAGCAAGAGGAGUUAUUAUCUCUGACUCAAGGGAAUAUGGAUAUCCAAAAGUACACCGACCGCUUCACCGAGCUGUCUAAGUUUGCUGGUACUAUCAUUCCUACCGAAGCUGAGAUGGUUAAGAGAUACAUAAAGAAGAUGGAUCCUAUGGUAAGGACUCUUGUGUUGUGCUCGGGAGUUACUACUUUCCAAGCUGCAUAUAAGAUGGCCCUGAGUGUCCAUGCGUCGGUCAAAGAAGAAGAAGUUGUUAAGGCUGCAUCUGUGAGGAAGCCUGUUCCGUCUGUUGCUCCUAGUCUGGCUAAGAAGCCGAGAUUUGAGCCGAGUUUCCGUGGUGGAUCUCAAGGUUCUAGUUCUAGCCCGAGUUUUUAUCCGUCCAAGUGUCGGAGGUGUGAGAAGCCUUUUCAUCCGGGGAAGGAUUGUGAUGGAUCUGCUAUUGUUUGCUUCUACUGUAGGGAACCGGGCCACAAGAGUUAUGAGUGUCCUAAGAAUCCGAGGGCUACAGCUAAGCCUCCUGCUACUCCUAGUCUUUCUGCUUCGCCGAAGAAUCGAGUUUACAGCCUGACUCAUUCCGACGGCAAUAUUCAUCCCGACGUCAUCUCUGAUACCUUUCUUGUUAAUUUAGUCCCUGCUUCUUUGUUGUUCGAUUAUGGUGCUUAUGUGUCAUGUGUGUCUAACUCUUUUGCCAAGCAAGCUAACCUGUCUUCGAGUUAUCCUCUUCGAACUCUUAUAUCUUUGCCUUCUGGUGAGAACUACCCUUGUUUUGCCAAGUAUCGUGAUGUGCCUAUUUCUAUGUUGGGUACCAAUCUUCCUACUGAUCUCAAGGAAUUCUCCAUGGUUGAGUUUGAUGUUAUCCUGGGUAUGGAUUGGUUGUUUAAGUAUCGUGCCCAGAUUCAUUGCCGCGAUAAAGGUGACUCUUCAUAG